CCACUGAGAGGAGCAGUGAUAUGCUGCACUUCAAUCGCUUCCGAGUUACGAUCCGAAAUUGCUCAGAUCGCCGAACAGCUCGGCGCUCUACACCAUUACGACCUCCGCAAUGACGUGACCCACCUCAUAGUGGGAAACACCGACACCCCCAAGUACAAGUACGUCGCCCGCGAGCGCCCCGACGUCAAAGUCCUGCUCUCCUCCUUCAUCCUCGCCUGCCGCGACCAUUGGCGCGAGGGGGACGAGCAGGCCCCGUCCAAAGUCGCCGAGUGGGUCGCCCAACUCGAGCGGGAGCAUCGCGUGCCCGUCUUCCACGGACUGCGGAUCUCGGUCACCGGGUUCGAAGACCUGCAGGUGCGACAGACGAUAAAUCGAGCGAUUCGGGACAAUGGCGCGUUGUAUUCCGGGGACUUGACGAGAGAGGUCACGCAUCUGAUCGCAAAGGAGCCACAGGGGAAGAAAUAUGAGUUUGCGAUGCAGUGGGGGAUCAAAGUGGUGGCGCUGGAAUGGCUUCAGGACAGUCUGCAGCGGGGGUUGAUACUGGAGGAGAAUCUCUACGAUCCACGGACUCCACCUGAACAGAGAGGUGUGGGUGCUACCGUCGCCGCCCCUCUGCCCUCGCCGCCGCAGAUCGAGUUGGGAAAUACCGUGGCGGUUUCGCAUCUAGGGCGGGACUCGGACGAAGACACCGCCGGAAAAAAGCGGCGGAAAAUCAGGAGGACCACGAGCAAGCGGUUAGAGGGCAGCGGGGAGAUGUGGGCGGAAAUCACCUCCCGGGGGCCCGAAGUAGGGAAGCAGGGCGAGUGGGAUGUUGACGAGCCGGAAAAGGGAGUGACUCCAGAUGGGAGCCCACAGCUAGACCAGUCCGAAGUGAAUGAGGAGCUUCAGUUCACCGCAGAACCAACCCUGGAGGCGGAUGUCUCCUCCCGCUCGGGACCUCGAGCGUCGAAGCCGAAAGCGCAAGGCAUAUUCCGACGCAGAGCGGUGUUUAUAUGGGCUUUCGAGCGCAAGAAGGUGAGUUGGAUGCACCCCUUAGGCUUUCUGGUUCUACCCCAUGAACAUCCAUUCUCCACGGAGGCGUCGAUACUCUCAACCUCCCUCUCCGAUCUCAACCUCCCUCAUGCUUACCAUAACCCCGUAUCGCACAUGUCCAUUGUCACAGAUCAAUGGGUAGAACAAUGCCUACAUUCUAAAACGCUCAUGGAGAUACCCGAAGAACGACCCGCGACCAAUCCGACAUGGAAAUCCACGGUCAUGCUCCAGCCCUUCAAACAACUCGGAGCCGGCGUGGUCCACGGCUGGAAGGAUCUGCGCAUCUGCACCACCGGCAUCCACGAUAUCGACUUACUCCAUGUCAGUCGCGUCCUCAAAUUAAUGGGCGCCGUGUUCGUGGAAAAUCUGACCAAAGACGUCGACAUCCUGGUUUCCGCCGCCCCGGAGGCCGAUGCGCGGAGAAGCGCCGGCACCCAGCUGACGCAGUCGCGCAAAAUCGAUUUCGCUAUGCGCGAGCACAUUCCGGUGGUUGAUGUGGAGUGGUUGUACGACUGCUUG